AUGGACUUUGUCAAGAACCUCACUGGUGGCGGCAGCAACAACGCCGAGAACAACAACAGCAGCAACCAACAGCAGUCAGGCGAGGGCAGCAGCUCCGGCGGGGGCCUCAUGGACAAGUUCAACAACUUUGCCGGCGGCGGCAAGCAGGGAGAGGCCAACGAGGACUCCCUCGACAAGGCUGUCGACUUCGUUCAGGAAAAGUUCCUCGGCCAGGGCGACCAGAGCAACGAGUCUGCCGCCGAGCAGGCCAAGGACGAGGCCAUAUCCGACUUUAUCCGCGACAAGUACAAGGGUACCACGGGCAGUGAUUUCCCCAUUCAAGACAAGGACCGGAAGGCGGGGUUUUGA